CAUAUGUUGCUUUCCUUUCUUUCUGUCUUGCAUCACCAUCUGCAUAAGCAUUACCCACUCUCACACACAUACAUACCUACUUACAGUGAAUGAGAAUGAAAUCAAGAAAAGAUUCUGAUUUCUGUUACCCAUCACCACUCUUCUUCUAUUACUACUACUAUUUUUUUUUCUUUUUACCUCUUUCAUAAUCAUAUAUCAUAGUUAUCCUUCUUUCUCUCUCUUUCUCACUUUCCUCCCAACUUUCUUCAAAUGGGAUUCUUUCAAACUUGCUAUUUUCCACUUAAUUUUCAAUUCUCAACUGCUUUUUUAAUAUUUUUCUUGAUUUUAGCUUCAUCCCAUUCAAGAUUUAUGUCCCAAGGUGGGUCAAGUUCAAAGCUAAUUGACAACUAUACUCAGAUGGAAAGAAGAAGUCUUUUAAUUGGAUCAAGACCACCAAGAUGUGAGAAAAGGUAUUGUAGAAAUUGUGGUCAUUGUGAGGCAGUUCAAGUCCCAAUUGUACCUAAAAAAUUUAUUAGGAUAACUCAACAAGCAUUGAGUACAACCUCUAAAAGCCUAUAUUAUUCAAGGGGUGAUGAUAUCUCAAACUACAAACCCAUGUGUUGGAAAUGCAAAUGUGGGGAUCUUAUAUUUAAUCCUUGAUCCAUAUGUAUACAUAAUACAAGUAUGUUUUUUCUCCUUUUUUUUUGUAUGAAGAAACACUUCAUAUUUUUCUUCUAGUUCAUAGAAUAUGUUUUCUUCUAGUGAGACACACAUGAUGUUCAAUAGUUUAUUUAAGGCCAAAUUACAAAUUACAUUA